GCCUUUGUAUAAUGCUGCAAUGAAAGUCCAUUGGGAAAGUGCAGAGAAGUUCUUACGAUCACAUCCCGGGGCUAUAAAUGUCAGGAUCACGAAGGAAAUGGACACGGUUCUUCACAUUGCUGCCGGGGCCAAACACACCAAUUUCGUAGAGGAAGUGGUCAAGAUGAUGAGCCCCGCAUGUUUAGCAUUGCGGAACAAGAGAAAUAAUACGGCUCUUUGUCAUGCUGCCGCAUCUGGUGUUGCCAAAAUCGCGGAGACAAUGGUCAAUAAGAAUAGGGACUUACCUGGGAUGAGGGGCCAUAAGGGAAUGACACCUCUUUAUUUUGCUGCAUUGUUUGGACACAGGGACAUGGUUUCCUAUUUGUUCAGAGUGACAGAUGAUGAGCAUCUAACUGAAGAGGACUACGUGACGGUACUCCUUGCUACAAUCAACAAUGAUUUGUUUGACCUAGCUCUUACCAUACUUUGGAGAAAACCAGAAUUAGCUACUCUUCGAGAUCAUAAUGGAAUGACUGCAUUGCAUAUUUUAGCUCAGAAGCCUUCGGCGUUUGCCAGCACAAGCUCAUUGGAAUCCUGGCAGAGGAUACUUUAUCCAUUGAUUCGCGUGGAAGAAAAAUAUAAGGUGGGGUUCCCUUCAGGACUCGUCAUGAGCGACAUUAGCCACACAAAUCAAGUGUCUCUCUACUUACUCGAGAAGCUUUGGUGUGUGGUGGAGUUAAUAGUGCCUGGAAUCAAGGCAGUUCAUGAGAAAAAGACUAUGCAUAUGCAAGCGCUACAGUUGGUGAAACUGUUGUGCGAGCAGGUUUCAUCACUGGAGGACUCCACAAUUGCGGAUCUUUUAACACAUCCCUCGCAGCCGUUGCUCGUUGCAGCAGGGUUCGGCAUAGUCGAGCUUGUGACUGAGCUUGUUCGCUCUAAUCCUGAUUUGAUAUGGAAAGUUGAUGAGCAAAGCCGUAACAUUUUCCACGUUGUGGUUAUGUACCGCCGAGAAAAGAUAUUUGGCCUCAUUCAUGAUCUUGGGGCGCAUAAAGAUAUGAUCACUACCUACAAAGACCCCACCAACGAUCACAACUUGUUGCAUUUGGCGGGAAAGAUGGCACCUCUGGACCAACUUAACAGCGUGUCUGGGGCAGCUCUUCAGAUGCAGCGGGAACUUCUAUGGUUCAAGGAAGUGGAGAAAACUGUACACCCUUUAUCAAAGCAGAUGAGGGACAAAAACGGCCGAACACCGAGAAUGUUAUUCACGGAAGAGCACAGGGCUCUGGUCAAAGAAGGAGAGGACUGGAUGAAAAGCACCGCUUCAUCCUGCAUGCUUGUUUCCACGCUAAUCACCACUGUGAUGUUCGCCGCUAUCUUCACAGUUCCAGGAGGAACAGACAACAAGGGCUUACCUAUUUUAUUGGGAUCAAAUGCCUUCAUAACCUUCGCCAUAUCAGAUGCAUUCGCGCUGUUCUCUUCGGUCACAUCCAUACUCAUGUUCUUGUCCAUCCUCACCUCGCGCUAUGCUGAGGAAGAUUUUCUCGAAUCCUUACCGAAAAGACUAAUCAUCGGCCUUACCACCCUGUUUCUUUCUAUAGCAUCCAUGCUUAUUGCAUUUAGCGCUACCUUUUUCAUAGUACUUGGAUGCCGAUUGGCGUGGAUUCUUGUACCGAUUGCCUUAGCUUCGUGCAUACCGAUUACCUUAUUUGCCUUUCUUCAUUUUCCCCUUUUGGCUGAUAUGCUACGUUCUUCUUAUGGAACUGGCCUAUUCGCAAGAGAAGCCACAAUCACCCUUUGUUAGUUCAUCAUAAAGCUUGCAUUGAGAACCAGAGAAUAGCUUUAUCAAAGUGAAGCAUGAACGAUUUGUCUCGAUAUCAAGUCAAAUUGAGUCAUUUUCGUUGAAAGGCCAGUCAUGGGAAUCGUCCGGAACAUCUGUACCGUAAUGCUUCGAUGCCCCAUAUCUCUCAAUUCUCCACCUUCAACUUCAACAACCAUGUGGCCAAAGAUAAACUUCAAUCUCCACAUUGCUGCCCAAAUCAUGAUGACGACCUCCGGUACCAGCACCAUCUCUCCAGGGCCCAGCCAAUAGUGCACGCCUGAGGAGCUCGUCCCCAGUGAGGCUGUGGCAACGAGGACGCUUGUCUGGUUGCACAACCCAGGUGAGCUCCGGCCUCACCUGGUGUUUUGGGGGGAGAUGGGGGGGAAUCUAUGGUCAACACUGCCAUGUACUGGCAGUUCUUUCAGUGGAAUGUGCUGUUUCUAUUGUAAAAUAACUUGCUGAACACUUUUACCAGUUAUCAAAUUCAUUACCUUCGCUCCCAUGAGUAAA